AUGCGUUCACAAAAACGAGUACGUCGUAUUGGUAAAGUACGCUGUCUGAAAAAUGCUGCUGCGGGAAAAUGGAAGACAUAUCGGAGACGUCUGGAAGCUAGAAAAGCAUGGCAAAACAAUACAAUUUUGACGGAGCAUCAGCAUUCCUGCAAUACACUUGCUCCACCACCACCAACUUAUCGAAAAAUCAAGGAGAUGAAGCAGCGAUCUCCCGAGGAACUGGCAGAAAGAGAGCAAAGACGUCUGGAGAAGAAACUAGCAAAACAGAAAGCAUCAACUUCAACACUUCCAGAGAUUAGAAAAGAAAAAAAGCUGAAGGAAGCAUCCAGCAAUGGUUCACCGAAAAAGGCAUCGGAUGAGCCGAAAACUGUCGCAAAAAUGAUUAAAACUAAAAAUUCGAUGAUAAAAGCAACAGCGAAAGUAAGAUGUUUAAUGAAUGGACAAGAGCAGCGAACAAUAAAUGUGACACAGCGAGAGGUAGCUGCAAAAAACGUGGACGAAUCGAAGGUGAUAAAGGUUCCGAAGUUGGGAAAUGGGUCAAAACCAAAGUAUCAGUAUCUGAAAGAAGAGAGAUCAGUGUCAACCGAAGAAGGGAAGAGAAAGAAGCCAUCAUCUCCAAUAAAGCGUGAACAAAAAGAAUUGGUGCAGUCAAAAAAGCGAACUACUGACACAGAUAAAACUGGCAAGAAACCGUCAGAAAAAGAGAUGAGUCGGAGAAAUCGUUAA